AAUGAUAAAAAAAAAACAAACAGAUAUUGAAUUUAAUAUCAUAAAAAUGGAUUCUUCGUAUGACUCAGGAUCUUCAUCAGAUUCUCCUCUUUCUUCUCGAACAAGGAAAAGAAGAUCAUCGACAAAUGACGAGAAUGAUACCAGUAUUAAGUAUGUGCGCUGUGGAGACCAUGUUUCAAAGUGGGAUAAUUCACUGUUGGAGUCUUAUGGAAUACUCUACGACGUAAAAGCAACAGAACUUUCCAAACUGUUCAAUUCAGCUUUUAGAGAUCUGCACUCUGUAGCAGUGAAAGGACUUGAAGAACAUGCUGUUUUAUGGACUAAAUUACUUAAAAUAAAGGAAACCCUAGUAGAAUCGACAAAGAGAUGUUUGCAGAGCCUUGAUGUUGAUGAGGAAUUUUCUAAAAUGAACAUGAUAAAGUGCAUGGCAUUAGAAAAGGAAACAGAAAAAUGCUUAGAUGCAAUGACAAAAAUCAAAGAGGAAAUUGCAUUGACAAUGAAAUCAGAAGAUAUUAUUUCCAGGCAUAUUUUUAGCAUUUGGCAUGCUGGGAUAGUCGAAUAUGUUCAGUAUUAUUCACAAAUGAUAAAAGACCUUAGCUUUGACAGGAGGCUUGGAGUGGAGGGAGAAUUUUGUCAGCUUCUUACAUAUUUUACCAGGAUUUUUCUACUGAGUCCCGUAAGGGGAGAUGCAACAGCAAAGAUGCAGCUUGACCUGUAUGGAGUAGAGACAUCUAGUGUACCUGAUCUAAGAUUCAGCAUGCAGAGGAAAUGCUCAGCAGAAGAAAGAGGUGUCUCUGUAAUCACAGCAACAAUUGGGGAGGUAAAAAUGUGGUCACUAGCAAAGGAAGAAAACACUGCAUUUGAAUUUGAUAUCAGAAACCUAAAGUUAAAGGGGCAGUCAGUUGACAGCUUGAUGGGGCAGCAUGGGGGAGAGCUGCUGGUGGAGUCUACAAAGUCUGCCUUACAGAGCACAAACCUUGGUAUCAUCUGUAUAAAGACCUUGAUCAUUUUUACGUGUUUGGAUAUGAAUACAGAGCAUCUGUCAAGCCUCCAAGAGGGAUCUCCGGUUGACAAUGAGAAAAGUUACAUUCAUUACUCAAAGCCAUACAACAUUUUGGUUCGUAAAGAUCGAGAGGAAAUCCUGGAGACUAUGUUUCAUCUUGGUUUGUUAUGUAGGCUUAAAAGUCUACACUUUUUUAAUCAUUUAUAGUGUUCGAUAUUUUUUGUCAAUAAAGUGUUUGCCAUCUU